AUGUCGGGCCUCGAGAAGGCUCUGUUCAACCUCAAAUUCACCUCCAAACAACUCAACCGCCAAGCCGCCAAAGCCGACAAAGACAGCCGCACCGAACAAGCCAAACUGAAGAAAGCCCUCACCACGACUCCUCCACAGCCCCAGAUCGCCCGCCUCUACGCCACAAACAGCGUCCGCAACUCGCAACAACGCAUCCAGCUCCUGACCCUGGCCGCGCGCAUUGACGCCGUCGCUGCCCGUGUACAGACCGCCAUCACUAUGCGCACCGUCACGGGCUCCAUGGCGCAGACGGUCAAGGGUAUGGAUGUGGCGCUCAAGAGCAUGGAUCUGGAGAAGAUUGGGACUGUGAUGGAGAAGUUUGAGAGCCAGUUUGAGGACCUGGAUGUGGUGAGUAGCUACUAUGAGGGCGUAGCGGGUGGGGUGGAGAGUCAGCAGGUUGGGGUGGAAGGGCAAGGGGAGGUGGAGGCUUUGAUGGGUAGGGUUGCGGACGAAGCUGGGGUGGAAUUGAGUCAGGAGAUGAAGGGUGUGCCGGAGCAGGAGGUGGCGGCGAAGCCGGAGGAGGAAAGGAGGGUCAUGGAGGAAGGGUUGGGCGAUCGGUUGAGGGCUUUGAGAAGUUCGUAA